GGACCUAGAGGUAAAAUACGAACGUCCACGCGCAUCUUUAGUGGAAGUCUGAGACUUGGGGAAUUAUUUAAUGAUGGAGACCCUCGGCUUCCCUUUUCAUUUCACAACGGAAGCUCCUUAGUGAGGAUGGCACCAAGAUCCUUCCGCGCGAUGCCUACGUGGAGAGCCCUGGAGCCCGCAAAGACCGCGGACCACACCUCUUCCGGAAGACCCCCCGCAGACCCCGGAAGUGGGUGGGUCAGCCCCCUCGAAGCCCGCGCGAUAGGUUGGAGCCGCGGUCGCUCUCCAGACUUUGUCGAGCAAGGACAACGCCCGCAAUCUAAGCAUGAAGGCGGCGGUGGUGACUUCGACCGGGGCUGCCCCUGCGAUGGAGCCGGGCCCUUCUGUGUCCCCGGGGCCUUCGCGCUCCUUUAAAGAGGAGCUGCUGUGCGCUGUAUGCUACGACCCGUUCCACGACGCGGUGACUCUGCGCUGCGGCCACAACUUCUGCCGCCGGUGCGUGAGCAGCUGCUGGGAGGUGCAGUCGACGCCCUUGUGCCCAGUAUGCAAGGAACGAGCGAAUCCCGGGGAGCUGCGCACCAACCACACGCUCAACAACCUAGUGGAGACCCUGCUGCGGGAGGAGGCCGAGGGCGCGCGCUGGACCGGUCGCCGGUCCCCGCGCCCCUGCCGCACGCACCGCGCCCCGCUUACGCUCUUCUGCCUGGAGGACAAGGAACUGCUGUGCUGCGCCUGCCAGGCAGACGCCCGGCACCAGGAGCAUCGCGUGCAGCCCAUCAAGGACACUGCUCAAGAUUUCCGGGCCAAGUGUAAGAACAUGGAGCAUGUGCUGCGAGAGAAAGCCAAGGCUUUCUGGUCCCUGAGGCGGACCUAUGAGGCCAUCGCCAAGCACAAUGAGGUGCAGACGACUUGGCUGGAAGGCCGAAUCCGGGAUGAGUUUGACAAGCUGCGUGAUUUCCUGCGAGUGGAGGAACAGGCCACCUUGGAUGCCAUGAAGGAAGAGAGCAGGAAGAAGCACCUGCUGGCUGAGGAGAAGAUGAAGCAGCUGGCCGAGCAGACCGAGGCACUGGCUCGGGAGAUCGAGCGUCUGCAGAUGGAGAUGAAGGAAGACGACAUGACCUUCCUCAUGAAACACAAGAGCAGAAAACGCCGGCUAUUUUGCACUGUGGAGCCAGCUCCUCUCCAGCCUGGCUUGCUUAUGGAUGCGUGCAAGUAUCUCGAGUCCCUGCAGUACCGUGUCUGGAAGAAGAUGCUUGGGUCCGUUGAGUCUGUGCCCUUCAGCUUGGAUCCCAACACAGCUGCUGGCUGGCUCAAAGUGGCUGAUGACCUCACCAGUGUCAUCAACCAUGGCUACCGUGUGCAGGUGGAGAAUCCAGAGCGCUUCUCCUCAGCGCCCUGCUUGCUGGGCUCUCAAGUUUUCUCAAAGGGCUCCCACUCUUGGGAGGUGGAUGUGGGUGGUCUGCCGAGCUGGCGAGUGGGCGUGGUGAGGGUGCAGGCGCAUGUUCAGGCUCAGGCUCAGGCUGAUGGGGGCGGUGAAGGCCACUCACACAGCUGCUACCACGACACACGUUCCGGCUUCUGGUACCUGUGCCGCACACAGGGUGUGGAUGGAGACCACUGCAUGACUUCAGACACGGCCACAGCCCCUCUGGUCCAGGCCAUGCCACGCCGGCUGCGUGUGGAGCUGGAGUGUGAGGAGGGCGAGCUGUCCUUCUAUGACUCUGAGCGCCACUGCCACCUCUAUACCUUCCAUGCCCACUUUGGUGAAGUGAGGCCUUACUUCUACCUGGGGGCCUCUCGGGGCGAUGGUCCCCCGGAGCCUCUGCGCGUCUGCCACCUGCGUGUCUCCAUCAAGGAAGAGCUGGACAUCUGAGCUGCCAGAGUCCGCUGCACACCGGGCUGGGGGCCGGUUUUGUCCAGCAUCUUCUGGUAGCCCACUGUUGGCACUCCCGCAGCAUCCUGCAUCCUGUCUUGUCUUUUCCGUGACUCCUCCUAUGCCUCUGUCUAUAGUUUUGGUCCCCUCUGCCCCAAAGUUAAGAACCAUCGGGAGAUGCUUGGCGGUCCUAGGCACUAUUUAGAGUCAUGGCACCUUUGAGGUGUGGAUUUCUGAUUUCCUUUGUCCUAGAAUUGCUGGUGAAAAUGUUUUCUUGUAGAAUGGGCAUUUUAACUGUAGGUGUGACUAUUUUUAGAGAUGACUAGGCCAGCCUAUUAGAGAUGCCUUGUGUUGAGUCAGUGUGUCAUAUUUCCAGGAAGAGAGCCUUGUCGGGCCACACAGGGAAGCCCUAGGAUUGGUCAAGUGGGUAAGGCCUUCACCCAGGCUUUCUUAUCCGCGUAGGACAAGCGCAGCAUUAGCCAGCUUAACUGGGCGGCAUGACUUUUGGUGGUUGGUAUGAGGCCCAGGAGUCCCCGUCUGUCCAAUACUGACUGGUAUGGUUAGGACAGGAAAGUCCUGGCCUGCUCUGUGGGAACUGUACAGGGUGUGGGGUACUCUAGAGUGCAUCUCAGAGUUAGUGGAUGUCACAGGAAAGGCAGCUCUAAGGCUUUUGGCAGUGGCUAAGGAUUGACCAGUUUCAGGCCAGUGGCCUAGAGGCUGAAGCAACAGAGUGCAGGGGGAAGACAGCUGGUGCAGGUGGGCCAGGAGCCCGAGCUCUCCUGCUCACUCUGAGGCAGAGCUUCUAGUUGGCAUGGAAUUGGCCCUGAUUGGUCAAUUCAUGCUUUGAAAGUUUCCCCUGAACACAUUUUUUUUUUUUUUUUUUUAAUGAACUGUUUUGCCUCUGUCUGGGCCUCAGUUUCCAUAUCUGUGAACUAGUGAUAGGGAAUCAUGGGAGGAAGUUCGGGACGGGCUUUGG